AUGGCGUUCUCCUUGCCUCGUCCAUCUUCGCCUUUAAUGCCAAAGGAUAAAUUCAGAUCUAAUAUUGUGGUGCCUAUUGAAGCUGAAACGUGCAUGAGUAGUCAGUUGCCUUUAACACAUUCAUCACCAAAGAAAGAUACGAUGUCAUCAUUUUAUGUCUCAAGCAUAGCUUUGAUGACGAUGUCGGAACUUCGAAAAAUGGACACGUGGGCUUCUGAUAGCAUAUUAGAAAGGAAAUCCAAUUUCGUUUCGGGAAACGCACAAUGUUUAAACUCAUUUUCUAUCGAAGAAGAUCAGUCUAACACAAAAGUUCUUUUAGACUAA